AUGUCCUCGCUCAAUAACGAAAAUGUGCACCGCAUGUCCCGCUCGCGGGCGAAAUCCGCCCAGCCGCCGGCCCCGGAGCCGCCACAGGCCGAAGACGUGCUUGUGCAAUCCACAACGGCGCCAAAACCACAGCGCCGCCACCUAGGCGACGUUUCCCGCCAGUUUGGCAUUGCCACAGACUCGCAGCAUGCGCAGCGGCCCGCUGCCGUGCCGUCGUCUCGAAAACGGGCGCCCGAAACGGAAAAACCAGGCGAGACCGUCCCUCGGCCCCUUUCUCGAACAGACACGUUUGCCCGCCCGCAGGCGCCGUUGCUUGGCGACCCGCUUGGCGACUCGCUUGUGCGGUUGCCGCAGAAGCGCCAGGCCACAGAGUCCAGCACCAACUUGGUGGAAAAACUCCACGUCUCGGAAAACCACAAGAAAUCUCGCCGCGAGGACUACCAGUGGCAGGACCUCGACGAAGAGGACGCAGAUGAUCCGCUUAUGGUCAGCGAGUACGUGGGCGAGAUUUUCCCUUACUUGCACGAGCUCGAGCGCAAAACUUUGCCCGACGCCAACUACUUGUACAAGCAGACGCAGUUGAAGCCACGCAUGCGGUCGAUCUUGGUGGACUGGCUUGUGGAGAUGCACCAGCGGUUCCGUCUCUUGCCCGGAAACGUUGUUUUUGGCCAUCAACACCAUGGACCGGUUCAUGUCUGUCGAGGUUGUGCAGAUCGACAAGUUGCAGCUUUUGGCCACCGGGUCGCUUUUCAUCGCCGCCAAGUACGAGGAGGUGUUUUCGCCGCUGGUGAAAAACUACGCCUACUACACCGACGGCUCCUACACCGAGGACGAGAUUCUCCAGGCGGAAAAGUACAUCUUGACCAUCUUGGACUUUGA